CCGCGGCGGGCGGGACAAGAACAAAGUUCCGGGGGGCUGUGAUAACUCUUGAUUGGUUGCUCUGCGCCGUGACUGAUAGCUCCCUCUCCUGCUCUCCUCUGAGCUGCUUGUUGACACUCUCCCAAAGUCCUCACGGCGCCCUUGGAUAGCGGAGGCUCUCCGUUCCUCCCAGCUCACCUUGCGUCUUGGUUCUAGGACGGCAAAAAAAAGAAAAUAAACUGGCACCGUGGAUGUGUUUUCUAAACUCUUCUUGCUGUGCGCGAAGCUCGUGAUCUCGCCAAGUUCCCCUCUGUUCUGACAGAAAUGGCCGAGAAGCGGAGGUCUCCGUGUGCAAUGAGCGUCAAGGCGCACGCGUUCUCGGUGGAAGCGUUAAUUGGAACAGAAAAGCGGCGCAGGACGAGCGGAGAGGAUGCAAUGUGUCCCGGGUACGAGGAGGGCAAUAAUGUUUCUGAUUUAACCGGGACAACGGCGCUGAGAGACGGAAGAGCGUGCGCCGCUGACCGGACCAGCGAGGCCGAAAGCGCCAGCGACGGAUCCCCGGAGAGCGAGGACGCGCUGCAAGAGAGCCCGCAGCCCGCAGCGCCGUGCGUGGCGCCUGCAACCGGGAGGGGAGAGGAAACGCACGUGGACCUGCAGGGAUCAGACCUGUGGAAACGCUUCCACGAGAUCGGCACGGAGAUGAUUAUCACCAAGGCCGGACGGCGGAUGUUUCCCGCCAUGCGAGUCAAAAUAACGGGUUUAGACCCCCAUCAGCAGUACUACGUUGCCAUGGAUAUAAUCCCCGUGGAUAACAAACGAUACAGGUACGUGUAUCACAGCUCCAAGUGGAUGGUAGCGGGGAAUGCCGACUCCCCUGUGCCUCCAAGAGUGUACAUCCACCCGGACUCCCCCGCCUCAGGAGAGACGUGGAUGAGGCAGGUAGUCAGCUUCGACAAACUCAAACUGACAAACAACGAGUUGGACGACCAGGGACAUAUCAUCCUUCACUCCAUGCACAAGUACCAGCCGCGGGUCCAUGUCAUCCGCAAGGAGUGUGGGGAGGAGCUGUCUCCGGUGAGAGCCAUCCCCGUUGGGGAGGGCACCCACACCUUCUCCUUUUCGGAAACUGUGUUCACCACUGUGACCGCAUAUCAGAACCAGCAGAUCACAAGGCUGAAAAUUGACAGAAACCCAUUUGCAAAAGGCUUCAGAGACUCAGGCAGAAACAGAAUGGGUUUGGAGGCUUUGGUGGAGUCGUACGCAUUCUGGCGGCCAUCACUGCGAACGCUGACGUUUGAGGACAUACCUGGAAUGGCCAAGCAAGGCGUCCCAGGAGCUCAUGGAGGAGUUGGAGGAUCAUCUCAUCUGCUCUCCACAUCACCGUGUUCAUCUCCUUUCCAAGUCUGCCCCCUCAGCCCACCAGACUACACCUGCACCCGGCCUGCACACGCACUACACCGUUACAGCAACGCCCCGGAGCCGUUCCCCCCUCACAGAGGUCCGUCCAGCUACGACGCUGAAGGAUUCUGCUCCCUGCCUCUCCCUGCCACUCAGCUCGGCUAUCUAUCAAACCCCACUCCACAGGGUUACGCCGGCCUCCGGCUCCACACGCAGCCCUACAGCCUGUACGGUUACACAUUCCCCCCGUCACCACGCCUCGCUGCCAGCCCUGAUAAAAUGCCCACUGCUGCCAGUGCCAGUCAUCAGAGCCCUUUCCUGGGUUCUUCUCCCAGUGGGACUCUUACAGACAGUCUUGGUGUGCUGGGCGCCGGACAGCAGGGCUUCUUGUUUGACUCUCGGACCAUAGGAGUGGGGAACAGCCAGCCGGGAAGUGGGCAGUCUCAAGUCACCGCCCACUUGGGCUAAACUUGACUCUAGAUUACAACACAAACAAAAUGGCGCCCUGGUGUGGGCGUUCGUUGCUCUAGGAUCAAACACUCUAUGAAUAUUGAUGUACAGAUGUGGUAUGAAGCUGAAGUGUGGACAGUGAUGGAUCAAAUAACUGCCUCUAUAAGCUUUUCAAAGUUACAUUUAAAGGAAGUGACUUAGUAGGGGUUCAUUGACACAAAUUUGUAAACUGAUAUCCAGAAACCACUAACUCAGCUGGAACUGAACCAGGCCUGGGCUCCGACCGAGCAACAGACAAUCAAAGCAAGCACUUAGACUCCUGAGAGUGCCCUGAAUCACUUUGAUACCUUUGCGUCUAACUGGAUGGCUCCACCAUUUUAUACCGGUCAACUUCGUCAAAUGCGCCCUCAGUCAUCAACAUGGAAUACAGGCUUUACAAUCGUGUCUGUUCGAAAAAAUCAAAUAAUGUGCGGAAUCAUGCAUUUUGACAUGAUGGCUACAAGUACCCCCCAUUUUUUGGUCAAAAAUGUGGGAACGAUCAACCCACAUAUUGUGUAUUCAGUGAAACAAUCCCUUAGGAAUCAGAAAAACAGCUUUUCUUUGAACAUUUCAUUCAUUAUAUUUCUGUGAGAAAGGAGCACCAGACUCAUCUUUUAAAGGGGUUUGUGCCCCUUUGCACUUAAAAAGCCCAAUGCACCUGCUUCGGCUGUUAAGAUGGCCGUCAGGUGCACACGACCUGCCCCGCACUUGACUGAAAAGCUUCUCUUUGCCAAAAGACACAAGCACGCUCUGUGACUUUUUGAGCCAAAUAAAAUAUUAGUACCUUGA